CUACAUUUCUUUUUUAUUUUGAAUCGGUUGUGUUGUUGUUAAAAAGUAAAAAGAGAAUAAAAAUAAUAAAUUUACCAUAAAAAUUAUUUAAUAAAUAUGGGUAAAAAAAAGAAUAAGAAUAAAGUGAGCGGAGCAGUCAAAACUGCUGCUAAAACCGAUAAAAAGUUAGCAAACAAAUUGAAAAAGGAGUUGGCAAAUCUGGGAGAGGAAGAUAUAGCUAAAGUAAUAGCAGAAAUUGAGAGAGAGGAAGCUAAACGUGCUGCAGCAUCAGAUAAAACACUACCAGGUCCUCCAUCCUCCAGAGCGUAUGCCUCCCUCACUCCGCAUCCCACCAGCAAUGAACUCAUCAUGUUUGGUGGAGAGUUUCAUAAUGGACAAAAGACAGAAGUAUACAAUGAGUUGCUGUUCUACAAUCCCGCUAACGGUAGUUGGAGACUAGUGAAGGCGCCGGGAGCACCACCACCAAGAAGUGCCCAUCAAACUAUUGCCACAUCCGCCAAUAAAGGCGAGCUAUGGGUAUUUGGAGGUGAAUUUACAAGCCCCACAGAGACACAGUUCUACCAUUACAAGGAUCUAUGGUGUUUCUCACUUACAGAAAAGAAAUGGGAAAAGGUAGUGGCUCCAAACGGUCCAUCUCCACGAUCAGGUCACCGCAUGGUGCUGCUGGGUCGCAAGCUGUUCGUAUUUGGUGGCUACUGUGACGACGGCCGUGAGUGCCGGUACUUCGAUGACCUCUACACAUUCUGUUUGGACACGCGGCAGUGGGAGAAGUUGAGUCCCAGUGGGAGGGGGCCGUGUGCUAGGUCUGCCUGCGUUAUGUUACCCAUUGGGAAUGAUUCGUUAAUAGUCGACGGCGGGUUUUCACGAAUACGCGAAGGGCGUACGGAGCGCACGCAGAAUCACAUGGACAUGUUCAAGCUGAGCCGCAAGGGUGACGCCUGGUCGUGGCGCGCGCUGGCCGGCUCCAAGAGCAGCCUGGCGGGCCGCGCCGCCGCCGUCAACGUGCACAGCAACAGGGGCUAUGUGUUCGGCGGUAUAUGUGACUUCAUAGAGAAUGAAGAGGAAUUGACAGGAGUGAUGAGCGACGAACUGUCAAUGCUGGACCUGGACAAGUGUCGCUGGCACGCCGUCACCCUCCGCACAGAGACCGCACCCGCCUCACUAGAUAACGCACAACCAGCCGCACAAGAGACAGAAAUCUCUGAACCAGAGGAGAGUGCACAAACUAAAGAAGCUGUUACUGUGGUAACAGAUGAAGUGUUCACAAUGAAGCUGGGCGGCGCUGUGGCUGCAGCGGCCGUGCAGCAGCCCGCGGCGCCGGCAGCGCAGCCGAUGCGCGGCGGGCCCGGCGCGCGCAUGUCCGCCAUGCUGGCCGUGCAGCGCUCCGUGCUCUACGUGUACGGCGGCGUGCUCGAGAAGGACGACAAGCAGUUCUAUCUGGGGGACAUGUACAGUCUAGAUUUACACAAAUUAAACGAAUGGAGAACACUGAUCGAACAGCCGCCAUUACCCGAUUGGCUCGGCUCCGACAUCGAGGAGUACUCCACUUCGGGCUCCGAGAGCGAGACAGACGAUAGCGAAGGCUCCGACGAGGGAUAGAGACGUGAAAUCUAAUUUCUAAAGAAAAUAUUCUAUAAGAAAGUUUUAGAUAUUAUUAAUAAUUGCUGCUAUCAACAAGUUAAAUGUGCAAAGAUUGUUAUGAAUAUUUCUUGAAAACUGUCAUUUUUUUAAAACUAACGAGAAAAUUUUAAAAUGGUAAGUUUUGUAUUUGAACCAUAUGUUAUUUGUAUGGUCCUUUGGUUAUUUAGAUUUUUCCAUUACUACUGUAAGAUAUACUAACACUAUAUCUUACAGUAUACUAACAGUAUAUAUUACAGUAAUGGAAAAGUUAGAAAAAUAUGUUUACAUUUUUGUAUUACUUGCAUAAACUUUCCUAUUAGAUCUUGACAAGUUAAUUAUAAGAAUAACAUAUUUUUAAUGUUAAGCAUAAUUUUUAUCAAUCAAUGUGAUAGGUAUUUUAUUAAACUGUACAUAAGACUAUAAUAAAAGGAAAAUUACAUUUCAA